UACUCUAGCCGCGGGGCGGGCGCGGGAGGAGACGAGGACCCUCCGCGGGGCGCGGUGCAGUCCCGGGCUCUGGCGGAUGUCUUGCGCAGCUUUGGGAAUUUUGGCCCACACUGCCCAAAAUUCAAGGGUCACCCUUAGGAAACACAGGUUCCCGGGGGUCUUUCUUCUGAAGGGACCUAACAACACCUGUCCCAGAACUGGGACUCCAGGCAGUGUGGACUGAAGUUUCCUCAAGCAAUGGGGUUCAUCCCUGACUUCCAAGGAAAAGAAUCUACCAGUUCUGUCUACGUUGGGUCCAGAUUCGCAGAUGGCAGAACCUGUUUCGUGUCUGGGAAAGAAGCUCCCUGCAGAGUGCAGGAUUCCUCUCCGUGGCUCCUUUCCUGGAGCCUGUGGACCACCCGGGAAUGCCCAUUCUCUGUCCCGCAACGUCACACCCAGUGUGGCAGUGGAGCCUGCACUCCCUGCCCUCCCUCAACAACCCUUCCUGCCUCGAUUAGCAGACAGCACAGACCAGCCCCGCAUGGGGUCCCAGACACACUUCUGAUCACACACCUACAUGGACGAGGCCACCACCCAACAUGGAGAGCUGCCCCCGGGUGACAGGCAGGGAAGCCACCAGCUCACCCUUCCCUCUGGCUUGAAAUGCCAGCAGCCCACCAUCAAAUCUGAGAGGACAUUUGGAUUAAAAGAAAAGAAAAAGGAUAAGUGGAGUUAGUUGUGGAGACACAAAGGGAAGAGGAAAAGAAUGACAAGAAUGAAGAGAAAUGAGGCAAAAGAGCAAGACUCAAAUGGUGGAAAGAACAUGGAGGUGAAGGUGUGAACGAACGGCAGCUGGUGACUUUCACGGAAAGAGCAGCUCGGGCUCCCUGGGCUGCAGGCUCGUCCACUGCGGUCAGCGAAGAGGAUGGAGCAGGUGGCAUCUGCGAUGCCGGCUCUCCAAGCCGUGCCUCUGUGCCAGGCAGGUUCAUGGCACCGGAAGGCUGAAGGGGCCACAAGAGGUCAGUCGUAAACUACCUUGGGGCAGAAAUAUAAUUCAGGGUUUUUGUUUUUGUUUUUUUUUAAACCACCAAAAUUUUACAUACGUGGUCCAUAGAACACUGCUGGCACACGUGAGGCACCGCGGGCACGGCCAGAGCCAGGGCGGCGCGAGCGCACUCGGAUGGAUGCCCGGCGGCCUCUCCUCGCCCGGGCGCCUUCGCUGCCCCACCCAGGGCUCUGACAAGACGCAGGCAGCUUCUUGUUUCUCUUUUCUUGCCCUUCCACGGCAGCAUCUGUCGUCCCCCCUGCCGUUCUGUGUCUCGAGGAUCUCGGGACAACAUGGCACAGACGCAGAAGAGUGGAGGGUGUCCAGGAACAGGGCGGGGCAGGCGAGGCAUUUAGGACUUAGGCAGUCACAGACCACAGCAUCUGACUUUUUUUAAAAGAAAAAGACGGCAGAACCUGUCUGCUGGCAGGAAGGUGGGAAAACCUGGUGCCGCUCCCAGCCAGAUGCCUGGCGUGCGGUCAGGAGACCCCCGGGGCUCUCGCUGCUGGAGAGCGGGUCCCCGCCCCACCUCUGCGCCCAGCUCCAAAGUUGCGCCACAUUCACAGGGACAGCCUGAGUGGUGCCCCCUGGGGACAAGCAACUUGGGGUUCCGGAAGCCUGGUCUGUAAGAGGCUCCCAAGAUCGUGAGGUACUGAGGCCGAGAGUGGCCUGACCCCAAGGCCACACCGGCAGCGAGAGACCCAGAACCUGCUUCCCUGGCCCUGCCCGGAUUCGCUGUGAACGUGAGACUCGCCGCUUCCUGGCAUUGCGGAUGGCCGGUGUUGCUGUCCCACCUCGGGGAACCCAAUGGCCACGUUUUGGUGGCCUCUGCGAUUAUACCCUGCAACCCUGUCUGUCCCCAUCAAUGUGCCGCAUCUCAUCUCUUAUUUUAUUGAACAUUUCCUGUGAGAUUCUGCCAAACGCCUGCUUGUUUCAGUUACUUUGAUUUUCUUUUAAGAAAAGCAAAAUUUAUGGAAAUCAAACUGGUUUUGACCCAGGAGCCAUAACAAAUAAGAAUUUGCAUUCCUGCGUGAAUAUAAAUCAUGGCCCUGACGCCCUGCCUUCCGCGGCAGCUGCAGCCCCCGCCGCGGGCAGCGCCAGACACGAGCCUGCCGGUGCUCCCGGCCCGAGUCACCCGGACGGCGGGACUCGGACCCCCGUGCCGGAACCGCAACCCUUGGGAACUCCUUGGGGGGAAUUUCGUUUCCCCGAGGCUGGAUUUUUGUGUUCCUUUGCCGGGUGCUCACAGCAAAACCAAGAGAUCAGCCUGACGUUUUCAGUCAUGCUCGCCCGGGGCAACAUUCGGCCCAGACGGCCGCCCCGGUCGCGCGGCCGCAGGAGGGUCUGGUGACACCGCGCGGGCCGCCCCGGUCGCGCGGCCGCAGGACCCGGUGUCCCCUCAGAAGAGCCGCAGCGCAGGGUGCUGCUCGGGGCCGGGCGCGUUGCGGCUGCAGCCGCGGUGAGAGCCUCGGCGGGCUGACCUCGGAGCAGAGAGAAGCCUCUUGCGCAGAACGUUCUGGAAGCUUGCCUCUGCCCCCGCUCCUCCCUGUCCUCCUCUCCCCCUGCCCCAUCAUGUCCCCACCCCAAAUAAUGGCGACGCAGGCUCAGGCGGCAGACGCUGCCACAGGGCCGGCGCCGCUCAUCACCCGGCAGGCAGCCUUGGCAGAUUUAAAAAUGCACCGACAGUGGCUUUCCGGGGAGGACUUCACGGACGUCCUUCCUCAGAAUCGGCGUCUCGUCUCGCAGGCGACGCCUCGGGGCAGGGGCGCGUUUCUCCAACGAGACGUCCGGCCCCCCCGGGGCGCGGGGCGCGGGGCGCUUUGCGGGGAGGCGGCCUGGGAAGGCGAGCCGACUUGCCCACAGGCAGAAAGUCGCUGUAAAUCCGUCCAUUGCUGCCUUCAUCCAUCACAUAAAAUAAUCCGUGGAGGAGCUUUUGUCACGUGCGGGCUCACAAAGGUGAGGGUGCGAACAGCGCGGCCCGCGCCUUCCGGUCUGGCUGAGGAGCCGAGAUUUCCCACCAGUCCUUUUGUCUGUGUACAUUGCCGGAGGCCUUUGGUACCCUGAAAUCCUUCCUACAGUUAAGCAACAGGAAGCAGAGAAACCCGACAGAGAUGGAAGCCUGGGGCGCUCUCCUUUAUCCUUGGUCAUAAUUGUCCAACUUCAAAAUAAAUUCUCUAACACCCCUAGUCAUCAGACUUAUCAUUACUAUCAAAGGGUGUUUGAUGUUUUCGGUUUAAGUGAUAAAAAGUAAUACUUGAGGAGGAAGCAACUCCCGUGGCACCAUGAGCAGCAGACAGGUGGCAGCAGCCCCAGCGCCACAGCCGAGUAGGGGAGCCUCGGCUCACCUGCGUCUGCCUCCGAAUGGCACCUGCAUCAUCAAAAUUGAGAAUGUUCUGGGUGCACGUCCGUGGGCCGAUGUCGGGUUGGUCCAUGCGAAGACCCAGUGACACUGAGAUUGCCACAUGUGGCACAGCAGAGAUGCACUUUGAGCUUUAACAGCGCUCCGCACCUGCGGCACUCGGGCGGGUCUACACUGAGAACGAAUGAAGAAAAGAAAAAGGAUUUUUAGAACCCAGAUCUAGAUUGUUCUAUCCUUAAAGUACCUAAGGCCCUGAUAAACACAUAUCUAAAUUACCUGACUUCUCUAACAGUCUAUAUGGAAAAAAAAAAAUCAGACAAGAAAGGGAUGGAGAAGUUUUAAAAAAUUCAAAUUAAGAAAACUGAAAGUGCAUGAAAUCCCAUCUGAAAUCAGCUAGAGACUUGGCACCUGCUCUGCUUCAGUCAAUUUGAUGUAACGCAACACAAAUGAGAUGCGUUGCUCAUAAAGCGGAUAUAAAGCUUCCCACUAUAUCGUACAAAUCUGUACAAAAUGGGCUUUCUGCAUUGUCCCUGUUGUCAAAAACAUGAGGUUUCUAUAAAUGCCAUUAUUUUCCUAAUUAAAUAACCCUAAUUUCAAACAGUUCCAUUUUCAUUUAAAGGAGAGUAAUUUCCCAGAUGACAUUUAGUCAGAGCAGGUGCCAUUAUGCUCACAAUGUUUAGCCGUUGGGGUUUUUACGUCUGAUGCAGAGCUGCUCAGAAGGCGUCUUCCCUCUUUCCUACCUGUGCUCACUAUCGGAAUCCCGUGUAACGCUUCGGUAUAUUUUAUGACUCAUUAGCUGUUGGCAUCCUCUACGGCAUACUGGCCAGAACGAUUCGUUCUUUCUUUGAGCACAAUUAGCUGUGAAAACAGAUCUUAGGACCAACUCCCUCCAUCCCCCAGAGGAUUAUGGAAGGUAGGAAAUGCAGGUGAUUAUCGGAGUUUGCCUUUGAUACAGACAUCCUGCUCUGCUGCCGGCCCUUUGAACUAACUUUGAUAUGCAAUAAUUAAGAGGGAUUCAACCCCUGGAGGAGAAGUCGUGGCCCUCCCCCUUCUCUCCUUCUAUUGAGCGCUUGUUUUGAACUAUUGAUCAAACAGAUUUGCAGGGAUUUGUUGAAGCCUGUGUGGGGUAAGGAGGAAGGAAAGGAGGGAGGGAGGGGAGAGCUGAGGGCACAUCUGCCUAUAAACAGUUUCAGACCCGACUCCCGAGCACCUUUCUCAGACUAAGAUUUGCUUCUCUUUCAGAAAAAGCCAGUUGCAAAGGACUUGCUGGGUGGCCAGCGUGGCAGGAGAUCUGCUGUGGGUUUAGAGCAGCCCCCGUCGGGACACAGCGUGUGGGGUCCUGGAGACCGCAGUCGAAGGAUGGUGGUGGCGGUCCUGUUGGGGCUCGGCUGGUUCUGCUCCCCGCUGGGUGCCCUGGUCCUGGACUUCAACAGCAUCAGGAGCCCUGCCGGCCUGCGCGGGGCUCGGAAGGGUUCACAGUGCUUGUCUGACAGAGACUGCAGUACUGGCAAAUUCUGCCUCAACACCCAAGAUGAGAAGCCAUUCUGCGCUACGUGCCGGGGGUUGCGGAGGAGGUGCCAGCGCAGCGCCAUGUGCUGCCCGGGGACGCUCUGCGUGAAUGAUGUCUGCACCACGAUGGAAGGUACAAGCCCCACAUGGGAACCACCAACCGAUGACCAAGAUGGUACACAGACAAAAGGAACAACUGAUCACCCCAUCCAGGAAAACAAACCCAGGAGGAAGCCAAACAUUAAGAAAUCACAAGGAAGUAAGGGACAAGAGGGAGAAAGCUGUCUUAGAACUUUCGACUGUGGCCCUGGACUUUGCUGUGCUCGUCAUUUUUGGACUAAAAUUUGUAAGCCAGUCCUCUUGGAGGGGCAGGUCUGCUCCAGGAGAGGGCAUAAAGACACCGCUCAAGCUCCGGAAAUCUUCCAGCGCUGUGACUGUGGCCCUGGCCUGUUAUGUCGAAGCCAAGUGACCGGCAACAGACAACAUGCUCGGUUAAGAGUAUGCCAGAAAAUAUGAAAAGCUAAAUACUUUGGAAUAAAAGAUCCUCACUGUAUUCAAGGAGAAUCCAACAUUAGUUGUAAAAUACUUCCUUACAGGUAUCUCUUAAAAUCAAAUCUUGUAGCAACAGAAAUAGAAUGAAACUGGAGGCUUGUGAAGUGCUGCCUUGUGAAUGGGAAGUAGCAUCCACUUUUUGUCUGUUUGGACAAAACUGACCUAUGAUUCUAUAACAAAAAACUUAAUUCUGAUCUAGUGACUUAAUUAGUACAAAUAAGUUUUUUGAAAUUGUAUAUGCUUAAAGUGUACAGUGUGAUGUUUUGAUAGACACGUAGUGAACAGAUUGCUACAGUCAAGCUGACAAAUAUCUCUGUCUCCAAAUAAAUCUUUGAUUUCUGGUGAAGGGCUGGUACCUGACAGUAUCUUUGGGGGAAAAAAAGUGAUGG